CCGGAAGUAAGUUCUAAAUAAUGUAUACAAAGAUACUGAGGUGAUAAACAUUAUCAUUUACAUCACGAUGUGAGGCUGAGAAGACAGAACAAAGAAGACUCUCGAUGUCGAGUCUCCAGGAGGCCGUGGUGACGGGAGAUGAACAGAGGAUCAAGGACAUUCUACAGACAUGUCCUCCUCCAAAGGAGCAGCUCAAGAGUUGUCUUUUCUUUGCCUGCGGAAGCGGAAAGGCAAACUGUGCCGCUCUUAUUCUUGAGAACAGCAGGUUCUCCCCUAAUAUACAUAAUGACGAAGAAUUCACCCUCCUCACCCUCACCACUAGGGGCGGCCACGCUUCAGUGGUUGAUAUGUUAUUACGUUGGGACGCUGACGUCAAUAUGGCUGGACCAAUGGGGAACACCCCUCUACAUUACGCAUGCAGUGAAGGCUACAUAGAAUGUUGUAAUAUGCUUUUGGCUGCAGGGGCCAAUGUGAACGCGAAAAAUUCCCGCACAGAUACGCCCUUGAUUGUGGCUUCUGCUAACGGCCAUAUAGGAAUCGUCCGAUGUCUUCUGAGUAAAAAUGUCUCCGUGCGUCGCCGUGGUUACCAUGACAGAACUGCACUUCAUUGUGCCACGGAAAAUGGUCACAUAGAAAUCUGUCGGCUGCUGCUAGACACCAAGGCUGAUCUGGAAGAAGAGGACACGUUUGGUAAUACUCCGCUAGUCUGUGCGGCGGAGAUGGGAUACGUUGAAGUCAUGAGACUAUUACUAUCGUACGGGUGUGACGUCAAUCGUAUGAGCCACAGUGCUGCAACGGCGCUACAUUUUGCAGCGCAACAUGGCGAUUUAGAAUGCUGCCGUCUGUUGCUUGAUGCACGCGCAGAAAUUGACGCCCAAGAUAUUCGACGUUUCACGCCUGUCAUGAUGGCGGCAUUAUAUGGCCAUGAGCACAUUGUUAACUUUCUAAUCGAACGGAGAUGUAACGUCAAUAUGGCUGCCUAUAAUAAACGGACAGCUCUUCACUGGGCGUCAGAAAGGGGAAGUUUGAAAUGUUGUGAAGCUCUUCUGAAGUCGGGUGCUAAUAUUGACGCCCAAGAUACCCUAGGAUGUACACCUAUCUAUAACGCAGCGGUUAAAGGACAAACUGAAGUUCUAAAAUUUCUCAUAGAAAAAGGUGCAGAUCUGAAUAAAAGACCAAAUAAUGGUAAUUCAUUGCUGCAUUUUGCAGCCACUGGUGGAAGUGUUCCGUGUUGCCAGGAAAUAAUACGAGCGGGGUUCAACGUUGAUAUUCAGAAACAGGACGGAAUGACUCCUUUGAUAUCAGCGGUUAAUUACAAACAAAUACAAGCUGUUAAGUUCUUCCUGGACGCUGGUGCUGAUACAAAUGUUCGUGGUCUGCAUGGUAUGACGGCACUGAACGAAGCCGUGUUUUACAACAGCCCGCAGCUUGUUGCUAUUUUAUUGGAACAUGGGGCGGAUCCAAAUCUUGGAGACGAUGCAGGAACCUUACCAUUAUGGUUUGCUGUAGACGGAUUCAGCAUAGAGUCCGUUAAACUACUUUUACGAGCAAACUGCAAGUUUGGAACACAGUCUUCUUUGAGUAGCUACUGCGGACCUUGCAACCCAAUCGAACACUCGGUUCAUAAGAAGAAAGAACAGGUGCUUCGCUGGCUAGUCAGUGCUUACUGUGAAGAAGCAGUUAACAUUUUAAAGAAUCACCUUCCAACACUUGAAAAAAUGACAACUAUAGAGGACGAAAUGAAAAAUAAAGUUCGUGAAAUAUCAGCCUUUCCAAGGCCGCUGAUGGAACACUGCCGUAGAAGUAUCCGGAAAACGUUUGGAAGUGGUGGGAAAAUCCAGGAUAAAAUCAAACUUCUCAAACUCCCAACAUCACUGCGGGAGUACCUGUUGUUUUCCGACUUUGACAUUGACUGAAGUAUCUUUAAUAUUCAUAUUUAUAGUAUUUAUUUCUAUAUUAACAAAGCUAUUAUUUUAAACUACUUGUUAUUUUAUUAAAUGAAUGUUGUGUUUUUGCUCAGUAUCACUACAUAAAUGUAUCAAUUACGAGAUGGAAAUAUUUUAUAGCACUUAUAUUUUAUAUUUACUAUUGUUGGACACUGUGCUUAGCUUCCCCUUAUGCUUAGGGAACAAGAUAAAAUAAACUUAAUGCAUGUACAA